AUGCAGAUCAAAGUGCGCACCCUGACCGGCAAGGAGAUCGAGCUUGACAUUGAGCCUGACUACAAAGUCUCUCGCAUCAAGGAGCGUGUCGAGGAGAAGGAGGGCAUUCCCCCAGCACAACAGCGUCUCAUCUUUGGCGGCAAGCAAAUGAACGACGAUAAGACUGCCAGCGAGUACCAGCUCGAAGGUGGCGCCACUCUCCAUCUGGUCCUUGCUCUCCGUGGUGGACGAUGA